AUCAGGAUUCUCUGUUUUGUGCAUUUUUGAUAGACAUGAUGAGUUUGAACGGUGAUCUUAUCACAGAUAUCUUAGGCCGUGUGGAUGGCAUAACACUUGCCAGUGCUGGCUGUGUUUCGUCACAAUUUUGGUCGAUUGCAAAAGAGGAGAAGAUAUGGGAAGAGAAAUGCUCUUCUCUCUGGCCUUCCACACAGGACUCAGAUGUCAAAAAAUUCAUCUCUUCUUCACUGGGUGGCUUCAGAAAAUUCUAUGCAAGCUGUUUUCCAGCCAUUGCUUAUGAUGAGUCUCUCAACAGGCAUAAGGUGAAGAAGGUAUGUGAUUCUCUUCCCUCUGAUUUUGUGUCACUUGUAGAUAUAACAUACAAGGAUAAAACCAUCUAUUCUAAAGUUGUGUGGGGCAUCCCCUGUGCUGAAGAGGAAUUUGACACCUGGUUCUCUAACUGCCCAUUCAAAAUGGAGCUCAUUAACUUUUAUGAUGUUGAAGAUGAGGACCAGACCUUUGGAAAUGGGAUGCCAAAGAUUGACACAGUUGAGAAGGUGAAGAAGGAUUGGAAUUUCUGGGGGCAAUUGAUGGAAAAUAUUAGGUUAAGCUGUAUUAUGGUGAACAAGAGAACCGGACAAGCAGCUAAUCUUUCAAGCUGGAGCACUUUGUCUGAGCAGAGUGAUUGGGCUUCUCAUAUGGACGUUGUCAUAUCCUUUGGCUCCAUAUUACCUGCUCACAACAUAUUGCCUUGUGAAUCUGUACAGUGUAUCCUUGUAAUGAAGUGUAGACUGUCGGAUAGUUUGAAGAUCACCGAGCUUAGCAUGCGGUUGGAAGACACGAUGGGAGGUUGGGUUAAUGGGAGGGACAGUCUUCUCAUUCUGGAAAGAGGUCUGGGUUGCAGAAGAAGCAAUAACCAGAUCCAGAUUUUUGCAUCUUAUCAAAAGCACUUGAAUGAACGGGGCAAAUUGAAAGAGACAAACAUAAGAAAUAAAGGGCGUCCUGAUAUGAUCUGUAUUCUAAGUGGCAUUGUUGCCGCUGCUUCGUUUUGUUAUUUCGUUUUCAGAGCGAGUGGUGCCAUACUGGGACUCUGAUCAAGACAUCGUUGAUAGAUUGAUUAUGAAAAUAUGGUGAUAGUUGAACGGGGUUUCUUAUAACAUAAUUGGAAAAUGGGACAGUACUGUAAAUUUAAUUUCGAAGUUGAUUGAUGGUAAAGGAAAUUGGAAUAUGGAGUAUGUAAAG